AUGGCUAUAGCUAUUGCCGUGGGUGGCACAUACUGGCCGUCAAUAGCCGUCGCCCCGAACGCGCUCUCCUUCGUACUGCUCCUAGCCAUCCUCUACCUUCUCCAUAGCCUCAUCACCACACGGAUCCGCUCCGGCAGCUGGCUGCCACGCCGGCUCAGUGCCCACGAAUGGGCUCAGCAGCUCGUCGUCGUGACAGGCGCGGCUGGCGGGGUCGGGGCUGAGCUCAUCCUCUUACUCGUACGCAAGGGAGCCAGAGUGGCCGCUCUUGACAUCAAGCCCCUCUCCGCCGAGGUGCACGACAGGCUCGCUGCUGAGGGGCUCAGCGCAAGCGUCCUCCAGGUACAGUGCGAUGUCUCCUCUCUCGAGGCCGUACGUCAAGCCGCAGACGCCGUGCACGCUCACUGGAGGGAUCAUCAGGUCACCAUGCUAGUCAACAAUGCUGGUGUUGCCACACCGCCUCAGCAAGCGCGCUACCUGGGCGAGGCGGCCGCAACCCAGCAAGAAGAGGACAACUCAGCCCUCCUCGUCGAGCGUACGAUCCGCGUCAACCUCCUCUCCCAUCUGUGGACUUUACGCACCUUUCUUCCUGAGAUUCUUGAAGGUGACCGCGGACACAUCGUUACCGUCUCGUCCCUGAUGGCGCACAUAGGCGUGCCAGGGUUGGGCGACUAUGUAGCGAGCAAGUGGGGUCUGGUCGGAUUGCACGAGACACUUUGUCGUGAGAUUGCCACGCGUUCCUCUUCCUCGCCCUCACCAGGCACCCGCUCCUCCCCGAAUCGCCAGCAUGCCACACGCACACAAACCACUCUCGUCCUCCCGGCGCACAUCUCGACUCCUCUUUUCCCUCACUGGUCCUAUCCUCCCUUUUUGGCUCCCCUCUUCCCUACGGUGAGCGCUGAGCACGCCGCGGGGAGGAUCGUGGAGGCGAUGGGUAGCGGGCGUAGUAGCUACGUGUAUAUGCCGCGGACGACGUGGUUAGUCGGGUUCAUGGGGGCCCUGCCCGAGUGGAUGAGGGAGGGGGCUCAGUGGGCAUCCGGCGCUGACGUUUCUGUAGCAAACAUGGCAGCAAAGGCGGCAAAAGCAGCAUGA